UGUACUGAGUCAGCGGCCGUGCGCAAAUGGAACCAGAGGAGGACUGUGCUGUGUAGGCUGUAGACUACAUACGAUCUCUGCCUGCCGACUGGAAAUCACAGACAGCAGCGAGAGCUUUGACUUCCUCUGCCACUGAUUUUAUGAGGAAAACAUAAUUCCAGGGAAGUCUGACGGGUACCCCGGUUGGGAAUCUCUCCAACAAACCCCUCCUCCUCUUCUUAUUUCUGACCAUCUCGGACCACGGAUGCAGAGAGCAGCAGCGAUGCGGCGGCUCUGCUGUUAACUCAUUGGACCGUUUACUCUCCGUUUUUUUUGUGUGCCGGUUUUAUCUAAAAGGAGGCAGAAUAAAUCCACAAUGAAGCUCAAACCGAACCAGACCAGGACAUACGAUGGCGAGGGCUUCAAGAAACGAGCAGCAUGCCUGUGCUUCAAGAAUGAACGCGAGGAAGAGGUUCUGCUGGUCAGCAGCAGCCGGCACCCGGAACAGUGGAUCGUCCCCGGAGGUGGGAUGGAGCCAGAGGAGGAGCCAUGUGGUGCCGCAGUGCGAGAGGUGUUUGAGGAGGCCGGUGUGAAGGGCAAGCUAGGACGUCUGCUCGGUGUGUUUGAGCAAAACCAGGAUCGGAAGCACCGGACGUAUGUGUACGUGUUGACUGUCACAGAAACACUGGAGGCCUGGGAAGACUCCGUCAACAUAGGCCGUAAGAGGGAGUGGUUCACCGUGGACGAGGCCAUCAGAGUGCUGCAGAGCCACAAACCCGUCCAUGCCGAGUACCUGCAGAGGCUCCAGCUCAGCUGCUCCCCAACCAACGGAAACUCCAUCCUGCCGAGCCCGCCACCCAACGAUAACUACCCCCAUUACAGCGCCACCGCCACCUCACCCUCGACGGGCAACGCGUUGGGCUCCUCCUGCAGAUAGGACUGCUCCUAAACGACGUGCGCCGUCCAGCUUGGGCGGUGCACUGAAAGUCUGUACAGUCUUGCAUGAAUCUAAUGACUUUUCAGAGUUGCGGCUCUCCUGUAUGUUUAAUUUCUAGUCUUAGCUGCAGGACAGACCAAAGCCAUCACCAGAACAGUGUUGAAGACUCACGUGAAAGAGCAGGAGACGUCUCCGACAGAAAGACUGUGAAUAUCUCAAGAACACUUUUCUUUUGCUGGCGUGAAUGACCUGGUGAAGGAAUGCCUUACAGAAACCUUGUAUGAAUGUUGUAUUUGGGUUGUUUUAUCUCACUAAUGGUCCUUUUUUUUUUUAUUUAAUUUUAAGCAGAAUGAAAAUGCUUUCUAGUCAAUAAAAGAGUAAUUGACCACAAAGCACAUCCAUGCGGGAAAUGUUUCCGGACUUAAUAAUGUCUUCAUCAACCCAUGAUGAUAACAUCAGAGAUCAUAUUCUACAUGAAUAGUUUUUUUUAUGUUUUAUUUUAUAUAUAUAUAUAUAAUUAUUAUUAUUAUUAUUUUUUUUUUUUUUUGCAUUGAUGUUUCGAGGUUCUUGUUGAUGCAAUUAAAACAACAGAAUCAAAUGUUAUGCCAGAAAUGGCAUGUGGAAAGGGUCAAAGGUGUACUAUCUCAAAAUAGCACCAACUGUCAGUGAGUUGAUACCUCAAACUGGAUCGGUGUCGCGUUCGAUAUCCUUUGACACAACACUGCUGUGUUCAGAGUCGAACCUCAGCCAGCGCCCACAGAAGUCUCCACUAACCUUGACUGAUCCAACAGACUGUUGACUUUAAAGCCACAUACAGUUGCGGUUUCCCACGUUUUUUUUUUUAAGUGAAAGGAUUUAAUGGUGUAAAGUAUUUUCCUGAGGUAUGAAGUGCUGCUAUAGGGUCAGUUUAGUUUCUCAACUCUGGUAAUAAAAGAAGUGGACUUUCUUUCAAUAAAUAAUAUUCAUGGUUAACUGCUCUUUAAACUAAUGUUAACCAUUUUUAUGUCUCAUUUGGUACAAACCGACCACCAAAUGACUUAUGAUUGUUUGUUCCAUCUGCUUCUAACUAACAUUACUCGUGCUUUGGGCUGCAACUCGAAAUUAUUUUAAUCCUGAAUUAACCUCCGAUUAUUUUCUUGGUUAAUCUUUUUUGAAUUGUGAAAAAUGCCCAUCAUAGCUUAUAAUGGAAUUUUAAUAUAAAUAUUUCAAUAUUUAGGGCAAUUUUGGGGUCUCAGACGCAUACUUUGUAGCUUCAGCGUUGUCUCUCGGUCAUCCCCGUCUUUCUCUCUCUCCAUGUGUCCUGCCUGCCUCUCAACUAUAGCUUGUCAAAUAUUGUUAAAGGCAAAAAUGGUCCCUGGGGAAAUAUAAAUGAAAUUACAGCUACAUUUUGAAUAUGAAGAGAGAAAUCCAAAGAACAAAAAAGGCUCAAAUUGGCAGUUUUUGUCCAUGUAACCGUUCUCACUGAGAAGAGGCCCCCACUCGCUCCUGUGUUGACAGCCGAAUGACGACUCGAAACCAUACAGAGAUUUGUAAAUAGCUUUGAAGAGAAACAUUUAACGUGUUUUUAACCUGAAUGUACCUGUACAAUUUCUCUUAACAUUUUAUAUAUUUUUUAACAAUGUACAAAUGGCAGGAUAAAACCAACGUGUCGAAACCCCACUGAGAACAGUAUGUACAUUAUAUUUGUAUCGAUGACAAUGUGCCACGGGGUUAGGAUAUAUAGACUGGUUGGUGUGAGAUUGAAUGGUUGAAUUAAUGCAUUCUGAAUCAUGAUCUGGGGAAAUCAAUCUUUGUCAGGAUGGUAUAGAAGUUAACUCGGAAAAAAAUAUCAGACUGGAUCUGGAGAUGUUGGGUAAACUAAAUUCUUUUUUUUCCUAAAUGUAUAUCGCAUCUUGCUAAUCAUCUUGUGUGUGUCAGAUGCAUAAGACUGAGUAUAGACAUAAAUUAUGAAAUGGGAUUUUUAAACACUUUUGGGGGGAAAAGGCAGGUCAGUGAUGAUCAGGGAAAUGUUUGGUGACCUAGACAUAUGCUUCAAAACUAAAGCUCUCAAACACCAAUUCAGUUUCCACAAACCUUCAGCCUUGUUCGAUUGGUACGGUUUGGACUCGACCACCUCAAGCCUUUGUGUGUGUGUGUGUGUGUGUACUGUGGGUUGAUGAACGUGAAAUAUGAUGUGCCAAAUUGAAAAAAAGUGUAUGUUUUCAGAUGGGAAAAUGUGUGAUGUCACGUUAUAUUAUACAUAUAGUAUUUGGCCAACUGCUUUGUGAUAAAGAAAAAUGAUCUUAAACAUUUCAGAAUAUAAUAAUUUAGUAAUCAUUGUUGAAAUUAAAACUAAGGGACAGACACUUCUUAUUUUUACGCCAUACUGUUUUUAAAUUCCACUUCUCACGUAACUGAGCGUCUAAGACAUUCACUCCAAUAAAAAAAACAAAAACAUAAAUUUAACAUAAAGCCACUCAUCUCGAUGUUUUGCAGCUGAAACACCUUCUUCCUCCACGGGAGCCUUAGUUUGAUGCUUGGGUCUAUGCAGAUCUGUGAAGGCUCCUUUUAUGAGUAAAGCAUGAGAGUCCCACAAAUGAAAUGUAUGUGCUCAUGUACACAAAUGUGAGACGGCCUGGACACAAAAGCGUCCACUCAAUGCACGGUGGAUUUGGACCGCUUGAUUGUCUGCUGAACACAUUGUAAUGUCACAUGGAUGUAUCCAGAGCAUUAUAUAAAAAAAAAAUUAAAAAAACUUAAGCUUU